GCUGAUGCUCGCGAUCACUACGGGACCCCUCAGAGAGACUACCGGCCUUAUGGUGACGAGCAGCGCGAGCGUGAUAAGGAAACGUGGUACUCACACCAAGCUCGGGAUGAUAGAAAUCCCUAUGACACUCAGCAGAAUUCGGCCAUCUCAGCGCAUGGCAGCACGGAAGAGCAGAUUGGCGAAGCUUUGCGACGAGCCACAAGCCAGAUGGAUCAUAGUGACUACACCAAUACUAGUCCUGAUGGUGACGAUCGAUCAAUUCUUUACGGAAGCUCAUAUAGCGACCACAGGGGAGACUCGAUUCUGCAGCACGAUCCCAAGAAGCGGAAGCGAAAUUUCAGUAACCGUACCAAAACGGGCUGCCUGACGUGCCGGAAGAGAAAGAAGAAGUGCGACGAGCAGAAGCCAGAGUGCAUCAACUGUAUUCGAGGUGGAUUUAUAUGUGCGGGCUAUCCACCACAGAGGGGGCCAGGCUGGCAAAAGCCAGACAACAAGGCUGCUGCCGUGCCACUCGAAUCCAAAGACCCAAGCUACGUGCCUCCUGGGGCAUAUGGCAUGCCGCAACCUCAAUCGCAGCCUCAACCGCAGUCUCAACCGCAGCCGCAGCCCCAACCCCAACCACAACCACAACUGCCCCCACAACCUGCCGCAGGGCCUGCACCCGGGCCUGCACCUGCGCUGGGCCAAAUGCAAACCCCCUUCGGACCCCAGCCAGUAAAACGAGAGUCGUUGACCCAUUACCGCGGCCAGCCUCUUAGGAUAGACCCUCCUCAGAGCCGACCAAUAAUCAUCUCGGACGAUGACCGUCUAACAGCAUCGACUAUCCCGAGCGCUUCUGUGACGAGCCCGGAAAACAAACUCUCUGCAUUGCCUUAUACUCCUGCAAACGUCUUCCCUACGCCUGUAAGCGCCAAUACCCAGGCGCCACCGUUUGGAGAGAGGAUGGCAAAGGAAUAUCAACGAGUGCCUCCGCUGCACGACUUGAGCCGAACCGAGCCUGAAACGCCUCAUCCUGGCAACCAUCUUCCACAAAUCAACAUCCUGCACCCGACGAGGACCAAUAGCCCGACACCCCGCCCGCAGCCUCCUGCAACUUCAAACGCCCAGAUGGCUGCUCAGCUUGCCCUCUCACACUCGCAGUUCCCGCCUCGACGAACCCAAAAGGAGGAGAUGCUUGCCGGACGGCCCUAUUAUCCGUUUGAUAAGGAGCUCUGUCUCGAACGAGAGCGAUGUGCUGCUGCCUGUUGGAGAUUUAACAAUCUCACGACGCCUCCUACGAAUGGUAUUUCUCCCGAAGAGCGAGCGCGCCUGUUCCUGGAGAUCCUGCAGCCUCGCGAUCCCGUGCGUGUGUCUCCCACUAUUGCGUCUCCAGUUACAAACAUUGGACGGGUCGGCCGUCAUUGUAUUGUCGAAACGCCCUUUGUCUGUGACUAUGGGUACAACAUUACCAUUGGCAAUGACGUUGUCAUUGGACGCAACUGCACAAUCAACGACGUUUGUGAGAUCAAAAUUGGGGAUAACUGUGUCAUCGGCCCAAACGUCAGCAUCUUCAGUGCCUCCCUUCCCACCGACCCAAAGAAACGUCAAGGAGGACAGGGCCCACAAGUUGGAAGGCCCAUUAUCAUAGAACAAGAUUGCUGGAUCGGUGGCGGUGCCAUCAUCUUGCCUGGCCGGACCAUUGGCAAGGGAAGCACUGUAGGAGCCGGAUCAAUUGUCACCAAGGAUGUACCUCCCUUUACCGUCGUGGCUGGCAACCCUGCACGCGUGCUUCGCGGCAUUGCGUCUUAAUCUCAAUCGUGUGUUUUCCUUUGGGCGCAUGCUUUUGCAUCUAAUGUUAUGAUACCCAAGCGUGCGCGCGCGUAUACCGGAACUUGCUGUGCAUAAUUACGCCAUCUUGCAUGGGCUUUUCUUUUUUUUCUUGUCUCUUUGCUGUUGUUUUAUUAUUCUGGUUGGCGCUUGCUUCAAUUUCCUACGCGCUGCGAUAUUGUUAUAAGAAGAGUAAAAGUUUUUUUUGUGCUGGCGUUUGCGUUUUAAUGACAUGUACGUGGCACCUCGCGGGACACGUUGGCAGGUAUGGAAAUUUGGGGAGUGGCAAACUCAUAAGGGAUAUAUAUAUAUACACACCUAUAUAUAGGAUAGCUUAGCUGGGCUUGGCUUUUGAUGUUUUUUAUACAAAAGAGGACCCUCGGCUGGGGGAGUGUGAUGGAAAUAUUCUAUGUGAUUUUUAUUCUUUUUGUCUUUGUAUUAGCGUUGUGCGUGCCCUUACUUUUUAUGUUGCUACUACUGUUUUGUGCUGUUCUAUCUAUGUGUGUGUGCCUGUCAUCGAACUAUGUCUUUGAGAAAGGGGGGUGUAGAGAAUAAUUUGUAUUUUGUGCGUGGGA